GAAAUGUCGGCCGCGGCCGUCUUGGCUCCAGCUUGGCGCCGAGCCACAACCGCUCACCCUGAGGGCCAGGUGUCCUGUUGGACGCCGUGAUCGCCUGUCCUCCAUGCCGCGGCGGGCAGGGACGACGGCAGCCGCGCCGAAGGUCCCGCGGGGCCCCCGAGAGCAUGCUCCUCCUGCCGCGCGCAGCCGGCGCCCGCCGGCGCCCGGAGCUGCAGGGCGCGCCAAGCUCCCGGGGCCAGCCGACCUGGGCGGGAGGCUGGUCAUCCGGAACACCUUCAUCGAGUACCAGGAUCGGCUGGAGCAGGGCGACAUGUCCCAGCAGCUGCUGCGCGCCUCGUCGUCGGCGCCGGCGUUGCUGCCCCCGCCAGCGGGUCGCCUCGAGGUGCCGAGCGGCGUCGCGGGCGCCGAGUGGCGUACCAGCGUGCUGUUCCGCAACGUGCCCUACGCGAUCACGCAGGACAUGUUCGUGGAGCUCCUGGCUUCGAAGGGCUUCGGCGGGAAGAUUGAUUUGGUGUACUUGCCCAUGGAUUUCAAGAAGAGUCAGACGCUCGGCUACGCGUUCGCCAACGCCAUAAGUAGCGAGGUCGCCGUCCGAUUGUUUGACGUCUUCGAGGGCUUCCAGGCGUGGCCCAAGAAGAAAGGCGUGAAGGCGUGCAACGUGUGUUGGAGCAGCCGGCAGGGCUUUGAGACGAAUUUCCGCGCCUACUGCAAUUCGACGGUCAUGAAGACGAACGUCCCUGAGUCUUGGAAGCCGGCUCUCUUCCGGCAGGGCAUCCGUGUGCCAUUCCCCGCGCCAACUAGCAGGGUCAAGAAAGAGUGGCUCAAAUAAGAAGAAGAAGAAGAAGCAAUGCAGUGGUGACAGCGCCGCGGCACGGCUCCGAAAGCUGCGCUGCAGGGAUGACCAUCAGCACGGUGGCGGAUUGAUUCAUGCAUCGUGGUAGUGCUUGCACUGACGACAAAGAUGGGGCCC